AUGAGUCAUCCUUAUCACCAGCAAAUCGAACUAGCAGAUAAAUAUAGUCGAUUGUGUCGGCUGAAUUCAAGAGGAGGAUGGUAUGGGCAAAAUGGUACGGGUUGGAAUGAUAUGGUGGCACGCAAUCUACCCGAGUGCCGAGCUCAUGUUCGAAAAAAAAUCUCAACACAAGUUCGGAUCUACGGGUUGACCGUGGGCUACCUCGCACCGGUAACACACAUACACACACAUCCAUAUAAAUCAUCGCUGGUCACUACUAUACGUCCCGUACAGGAUCAUCAGCGAUGGCGUGGCGACAAUGAUGACGAUUGGGCUGUUGAGCAUAGCAACGGGUACCGCGUCGUGCCGACGACUCCCCUCCCUCAGAGUCACACAGCCAUUAUCAUCAUCAUCGUCGCUUCCACCAUCUUAACAGCUCCAUCCUCGAUCUGA